UCUUGUGUGAGACGAUGUAUUGGUCUUCGCGUUGUAAAUUACGUCAUGUAGUAGGUGCCUGCGUUCGUUCUGCUCACACCUCACCGAAAUGACGUUCCGCUCGAGAAAUGCUUAUUAUUUGCGUAUUUCAUCCACCGUCGUCUUGCCGCUAUACGUCUACCUUGAUGACCAACACCUGGAUUGGAUGUCAGACAGGGUGUUACAACACGUCGUGUCCGAUCUCCAACCGUUGAUUGUUCCGAAACUUCAGGCGGAAAGAGACACUCAUUUCGGACUUGGGGCUGCAUCAGGGAAGAGGAGCACGGUUGAAGUUCACCGGGGCGACUUUUAUCAGUUUGCUUAUUUCUUUCGGAAGAUCGAGCCUCAUGCUGUCGUUAUCAAAUCGAGGCAAUUCAUCGCGGCGCCAGCUCGGUUGCAGACACGUCCUGAAGUCGUCUCAGAGGGAGGCCAUGCAAACCAGAAGAGGAGGAGGGGUGCUGAUCAGGGAAGUCGUAAAAGACGGAAGACCAGAGUCGAAAGUGAAUUCCCAAGUUCACCUGCUGAGACUGGUGAAGAUGAUGGUAUCAGUUUACACCAAAUGGCACCGCGGCUCUCGCAGAGGGUGGGCCUCACGACCCCCGGUGCAUAUCGCGAAGAGGGAGACGAGGUUCUUGUCAGCGGUGACGACGCAGACUCUAGUGAACCAUUGGGUUCGGCCUACACCACUGAAUCGUUGCCACGCAACGAGCUCGACUUAACUGAGCGAUCAGCCAGCAUAGAGGUCGCUGGAGAGACUACAGCAGUUGGGAAUCGCGGAGACGUGGACAUAUCGACAGAAGAUGUUCCCCAGUGUGAGAUACUAGGUGCCUCCGAAAUCGAUCUUACUAUGGAGGGAGACGAGGAAGAGGAAAAGCCAAAGCCAAUAUUGAAGCUCAGCUAUCAAUCCCUCAACAUCUCCAGUCAUUGUCUCUGUGUAGUGGUGGAACCCUGGCCCUCACAGCACCCCACUGUCCCGUUACAGCCUAUCCCACCCGUGUCAGCGGUACCACGCUCGGAAGCAAGCAUUGGGUCAGGCACGGACGAGGAUAUUUCGUUGCAGAGAGGACGGACACCGCUGUUCCUUCCAGAAUGUGAUGAAGUGACCGACCUAAACAGAGCACGUCUACCAGUGCCUCUCUUCGAUGCUGACUUUUGCCAGGCAGAUGACAAUGGCUAUGACAGUAAUACGCUCAUGAAUUUCAGUCAAGUACUGAACGCUACAGGUCAUACAACUGUGGCUUUCGCCGAGGACGACGAUGAUAUGGAAGGAGCUGUGUUGUUUGGGGAUGCAGACGAAGUGCGGGAGUUUUCGUGAUCUUGAAUUGCGUUC